CCCCGCGAGCGGACGCGGCAGCGCCUCUGUCUCGCUUUUUCUUAUUUUCUCCCCCUUUCCCCUUCCUUUUUUUUUCCUUUUACCCUCCUUCCCCCCCUUUCACCAUUUCCCCUCGAAGACACUUCCCCCGGGCAGGGGCAGAGCCGGUCUCACUCCCCGCCUCUCCCCGGCCCCCGCCGCCCUAUGGCGAGAGGGAACCCCCUCCCCACCCGGGCACUAGCGGCGGCGGUUGGAGGAGUGGGACCGGCGGUGGCCGCGGCAGCCUCAGGUCCGGGGGAGUCAUGGAACUAAUUCGCUGACCCACCGGCCGCAGCCGUGCGUCCAGCUCGAUCGCCAGCGCCCGCGCCCCCCCCCCCGGCCCGGUUCCCCCUCUUCUCCCUCAGUCGGUCCCGUCCUUGUCCCGCGCGCCCCGCCGCCGCGCGCUGAGGAAAAUGGGGUGGUAACGGGCCCCCGGAUGACCCCGCGUCACCACUGUGAGGCCUACAGCUCCGCCGGGGAGGAGGAGGAGGAGGAGGAGGAAGAGGAGGAGAAGGUAGCUACAUCAAGCUGGGAGGCAGGCAGAUCCAGAGGAUAUCAUGAAGUUUCCAGGGCCUUUGGAAAACCAGAGAUUGUCUUUCCUGUUGGAAAAGGCAAUCUCUAGGGAAGCCCAGAUGUGGAAGGUGAAUGUGCCGAAAAUGCCUACAAAUCAGAAUGUUUCUCCAUCCCAGAGAGAUGAAGUGAUUCAGUGGCUGGCCAAACUCAAGUACCAAUUCAACCUUUACCCAGAAACAUUUGCUCUGGCUAGCAGUCUUUUGGACAGGUUUUUAGCUACUGUAAAGGCCCAUCCAAAAUACUUGAGUUGUAUUGCAAUCAGCUGUUUUUUCCUAGCUGCCAAGACUGUUGAGGAGGAUGAGAGAAUUCCAGUACUGAAGGUGUUGGCAAGAGACAGUUUCUGUGGAUGUUCUUCAUCUGAAAUUCUGAGGAUGGAGAGGAUUAUUCUGGAUAAGUUGAACUGGGAUCUUCACACAGCUACACCAUUGGAUUUUCUUCACAUUUUCCAUGCCAUUGCAGUGUCAGCUAGGCCUCAGUUACUUUUCAGUUUGCCCAAACUGAGCCCCUCUCAACAUUUGGCAGUCCUUACCAAGCAACUCCUUCACUGUAUGGCCUGCAACCAACUUCUGCAAUUCAAAGGAUCCAUGCUUGCUCUGGCCAUGGUUAGUUUGGAAAUGGAGAAACUUAUUCCUGACUGGCUUCCUCUUACAAUUGAACUGCUUCAGAAAGCACAGAUGGAGAGCUCCCAGCUGAUCCACUGUCGGGAGCUUGUGGUGCAUCACCUUUCUUCUCUGCAGUCUUCCCUGCCUCUAAAUUCCGUUUACGUCUACCGUCCCCUCAAGCACACCCUGGUGACCUGUGACAAAGGAGUGUUCAGAUUACAUCCCUCCUCUGUCGCAGGCCCAGAUUUAGAUUUCUCCAAGGACAACAGCAAACCGGAAGUGCCAGUCAGAGGUGCGGCAGCCUUCUGCCAUCAGCCCCCAGCUGCCCGUGGGUGCAAGCAUACCUCUGCUAAACGCAAAGUAGAGGAGAUGGAAGUGGAUGACUUCUAUGAUGGACUCAAACGGCUCUAUAAUGAAGAUAAUGCUUCGGAAAAUGUGGGUUCUGUAUGUGGCACUGAUUUAUCAAGGCAAGAGGGACAUGCUUCCCCUUGUCCACCUUUGCAGCCAGUUUCUGUCAUGUAGCUUCCAGUGUUACCUUCAAGUGCAAACUAAGGUAGACUACUCUGGGAAGGGGAACACGGGAAAACCAGGAAAGGCUGUAUAAGGUGUAUACCUUAGCAGGCCAAUCUGAAGUGAGCCAGAAAAAAAGCCCAUUUACUUGUGUGGCAAAUUAUAAUCAACAUUAUUUAAGCAUUUAAAGACCAAAAAAAAAAGUGUGAAAUUCAAAAGAUCCAAAUUUUUUUUAAAGUAAAAAAAAAUUUUGUAGUGUCAGUUCCAUCCUUUUCUCUGCUAAAAUGUAAUGGAGAUUGACCCAUCUCAAAGAUUCAUACUCAGUGGUUUUUUUAAAGUUCCAAAAUUCAUAGCUGGCACACACCCUGUCUCCAGCAUCCGGAUUUAAUUUUCCUCGUUUUUGCUUGCUUCUUUAUUGAAUACUGAAUGAACUUUAUGCAUGUGGAUCUGUAGCCUGACUUCCACUGAUUAGGAAACCCUCAAAAUCAUUUUUUAGCAAUUUAGUGAAUAAAUUAUUUCCGUGUGACAGCCAUGUUUAAUCCAGGAUUCAAAUUAAUCCGAAAAGCAGAAUUGCCCCAUAUGAAGGAGAGGUGGUAAUAGAAGAACGACUGGCGUGACCACACUGAUUUUGUGUUUGUCUCAUUUCGAUUCUUGGAGGUUGGAAACAAAAUUAUUGUUUUCAUUUUUGUUUAUCUUAAAUUGGAACUUAAAAGUGGCAUGUAAUUAGGACACUCUUAGAUUUGUUGAAAGCAUUUUUGACUUUUGUAUAAAAGAAUUUGGGAUAAAUAUAUCCAGGUGCUCACCAAAGAAACAUGUAACAACGACGGUUUUGGUUUUUUUGUUUUGUUUUUGGUAACUGAUCCAUUUUCACUCAUUUAUAAUCAGUAGGAGAGACUGUCUAGAUGUUGGGGCAGCUCUGUGAUUGGGGUCUGUACCGUGUAAUAACUGAAUUCAGCACCCUAGAUUUAUGUUAAGCUAUUAGUAUUUUCCUGAUGAAAGCUAUUCACCCUACCUGUAUUUCUCUUAAUGACUUCUGGAUCCUGAGCUCCCUGUGCAGUCUGAAGACGGUAUUGCAGUCAGAACCAUGUACUGAUGAUAAAAAGCCUCUGGUAGCAAUAAAAGUUGUCCUUAACCUUUGUUAUCUUUAACUUUUUUCUACUUGCAAAGUGGUACAAAUUCCUGAUUGCUAGACACUGCUAUUUCAACUACAGAAAUGAUAAAAAUCCUAAAUAUAUGACCAAAGAAAGUGAAACUUAGGAAAAGGGGA